AUGGUGAACGUCUCGCGCGUGCAGAAGGAGCUCACCGAGUGCAAUCGCGACCGGGAGGUGUCGGGCGUCUCCAUCGCGCUCCACGACGACGCCAACAUCUCCCACCUCACCGGCACCAUCGCCGGGACCGCCGACAGCCCCUACGAGGGCGGCACCUUCGUCAUCGACAUACGCCUCCCCGGCCAGGGUCAGGAGACGGCGGCAGCUCCUCCACGCCAUUGGAGGAGGAGAAGUAGCGGGCAAGGAGAUGGUGUGACGGCCAGGAGAUCGGGGCGGCCUCGAUCUGCCACCGCGCCGCUGGAUGGAGGGCUGGUGGCUGAGCGUCGCCUCCAAGCCCGCGCAGCCGCCGCCGGGGACGAGGCCGCGAUCUCUCCCACGCGCGAUAGGGCAGGCGACCAGGGCGCCGGCCACCAGGCCACGCCGGGGACCGGCCACCAGGCCACGCCGCUGGCCGCAAGGACGCGAGGUGGCCGGAUCUGCGAGGCGACCUGGAUUGCCGGAGGAGGAGUCGGAGGAGAUGAACGGCCCCGGGGGCAUGCUGAGCGGCUGGACGCGGUGGACAUGUCCCUGGCGGCCGCGCUGUGCCAGGAGCACCGGGACCUGCUGCGCGCGACCGCGGACAGUCGCUCCCCGCUCGGGAGGAGGGAGUUCGAUCCGGGGGCGCUGCCGCCAUUCGGGCUGGCGGAGAUCCGCGCGGCCAUCCCCAAGCACUGCUUGGUCAUGGACCCCUGGCUCUCCAUGAGCUAUGUGCUCCGCGACGUCGUCGUCGUCGUCCUGGGACUCGCCACAACAGCCGCGUGCCUCGACAGCUGGCUCGUCUGGCCGCUAUACUAG